UGCCUUGUUUUGCUGCUGGCUUUGUUGUUCACACUUAUCUUGUUUAUCUCUGCAAUAACGGCAAGCUUCUGCCAGCGAGUCUGUGAUGCAUCUGACGGUAGACUGCUCCACAUGCUGCCUAUAGACAGAAUCUAAGUGAACCUUUCUCCUGUCUUUGUGAUUCGGUAUUUCCAGCAAGAUAAGGAACUUUUUUCAUCCUACAGAGGCGUUAAUACACAAACCCUUUCCCCUUGUGAUGGGUUUUAGUGGGAAAGCAGACAUCCUUUGAUUUGCCUACAGUGAUAUGCCAUGCUUGCUAGAAGUGAGAUAUUAGGAGUUGACAGCACGUGGUUUUGAGCCGCCAGCCUGAUCACAGCACAUGCUUUGGAAUAAUUCUCCCAGAUUAGUGCACGUGGAUGUCAGGCAAAGUCCUCUGGGUGAGCUUGGUCAGGGCUGUGCCCGUGCGCGGGGUUGUUUUUGCUUCACUCGUGGGUAGGUCUGAGCUGCUGUUUUUGCCACAGCUGCUGUGUUGGUACACAAGAGAUCUGAGGCUCCCGGUUCCUCUUGGCAGCAGGAGGCCUGCGCUCCUUCCUCACAUCUCCUGCCAGCUGGAGAGGUUCCUCAGGUGGUAAAAGCAGACUUUCUCCCAAAGGCUUUUUGCUUGAUUGGCAACUCAAGUGUAAACAGUAGAAGAAGAGUUCAAAGUCCUUUUGGCUGACCUAAAGCCACGGAGGUUACGAUAAAGACAGAGAGCAUGUGCUGGCUCGAGCAACCCUUCCCUCCGAAACAGGCUCCAAAGUUAUGUAAUGCUUGGACAACGUGCUGCUUCCCAGUGAUGAAGUUUUGGCAGAGCUCCCACCAUGGUCAAUGAGACCCAGCAGAGCUGCAGUGCCAGCUCCAGCUCCAGGUCCGAUGGCGGCAGCAGCAGCGGGAGCGAGAGCUCCAAGGACAACUCGCGUUGUUCCACCCCGGUGCUCGACGCCGACCGGCACGAGCGGCUGCGCGAGAAGAUGCGCCGGCGGCAGGAGGCCGGCGACAAGUGGUUCUCCCUGGAGUUCUUCCCCCCACGCACGGCCAAUGGUGCUGUCAACCUCAUCUCCAGGUUUGACCGCAUGGGAGCAGGUGGCCCACUCUUCAUUGACGUGACGUGGCACCCCGCAGGGGACCCGGGAUCUGACAAGGAAACCUCUUCCAUGAUUAUUGCCAACACUGCAGUCAACUACUGUGGCCUGGAGACCAUCCUGCACAUGACAUGCUGCAACCAGACCAAGGAUGACAUCACGGGGCAUCUGCAGAAGGCCAAGAGGCUUGGGCUGAAGAACAUCAUGGCCCUGCGUGGAGAUCCUGCUGGUGAGGAAUGGGAGGAAGAAGUAGAUGGUUUCAACCAUGCUGUUGACCUGGUUAAGCACAUCCGCAGUGAAUUUGAUGAUUACUUUGACAUCUGUGUGGCAGGCUACCCCAAGGGUCAUCCUGAAGCAGAGAGCUAUGAGGCAGACCUGAGGCACCUGAAGGAGAAGGUCUUUGCUGGAGCAGACUUCAUCAUUACACAGCUUUUCUUCCGACCAGAAACCUUUCUCAAGUUCAUGAAGGACUGUCAAGCCAUUGGCAUCACCUGCCCCAUUAUUCCUGGCAUCUUCCCCAUACAGGGUUACCACUCCCUGCGCCAGCUGGUGAAGCUCUCCAAGCUGGAGGUGCCUCAGGAGAUCAAAGAUGUGAUUGAGCCCAUCAAGGACAACGAUGCAGCGAUCCGGAACUACGGGGUGGAGCUGGCAGUGUCCAUGUGCCGGGAGCUGCUGGACAGUGGGACGGUGCAUGGGCUCCACUUCUACACCCUCAACCGGGAAGUGGCCACCACUGAGGUCCUGAAGCGCUUGGGCUUGUGGAAGGAGGACCCCAGGCGGCCCCUGCCCUGGGCAGUCAGUGCCCACCCCAAGAGAAGAGUGGAAGAUGUUCGGCCCAUCUUCUGGGCCUCCAGGCCCAAGAGUUACAUCUACAGGACCCAGGAGUGGGAUGACUUCCCCAAUGGGCGGUGGGGCAACUCUUCCUCUCCAGCCUUUGGGGAACUGAAGGAUUAUUACCUCUUCUACCUGAAGAGCAAGUCCCCCCGGGAGGAGCUCCUGAAGAUGUGGGGAGAAGAGCUGACUGGUGAGGAAAGUGUCUUUGAGGUGUUCACCUGUUACAUCACUGGAGAGCCCAACAGGAACGGGCACAGGGUCACCUGCAUGCCUUGGAACGACGACCCUCUGGCCACCGAGACCAACCUCCUGAAGGACCAGCUGGAGAAGGUCAACAGACGAGGCAUCCUGACCAUCAACUCCCAGCCAAACAUCAACGGCAAACCAUCCACAGACCCCAUUGUAGGCUGGGGGCCCAGUGGGGGCUAUGUUUUCCAAAAGGCCUACCUGGAGUUCUUUGCCUCCAGCGAGAUCAUCACGGCGCUGCUCAAGGUGCUGAAGAAGUACGAGCUGAGGGUGAACUACCACAUUGUCAACGUCAAGGGCCAGAAUAUCACCAAUGCUCCAGAUCUGCAACCCAACGCUGUCACCUGGGGCAUCUUCCCAGGCAGGGAGAUCAUCCAGCCCACUGUAGUGGAUCCUGUAAGCUUCCUCUACUGGAAGGACGAGGCCUUUGCCCUGUGGAUCGAGCAGUGGGCCAAGCUCUACGAGGAAGAGUCGCCCUCUCGCAUGAUCAUCCAGUACAUCCAUGACAACUAUUACUUGGUCAACCUGGUGGACAACGACUUCCCCCUCGAGAACUGCCUCUGGCAGGUUGUGGAUGACACUUUUGAGCUGUUGAACUCUCCAACUCAGCAGUGAAAAUCUCUUUUUCACUCUCUUACUUCCUCCUUCCGUCCACUGCGAAGCAGAAGCAGCUCCUGUGCUGGUGAUGGGCAACACACUCCUAAGGCCACACUAUGUGCUCUUCUGUCCCCAGCACAAAGAAAAGACUCCCUGAGCCCUUCUCACUGAACAAUAGCCAGAACUACCUGAACCUCUGAGCUGAGGCUCCAGACUGAGCCUGAAGGCCAGCUCUGCCCGAUGAAGAGCUGUUAAUGGCUGUGUUGAUAGAGAACAGAGAACUCUCCUGCAUCAAUGUGAUAAAACUCCAUUCUGGUAACUUUCCCAUGCCAGAAAUGCUGCCUUGGGGGCAGAAACACUCCUGUCAGCUGUGCCUAUGCAAGGGGAUUAUUUCAGUAGUUACCAACCCGGAAAAGAAGGUCAAAUUGCGUUUAUAUUGCACUCCUAAACGGUAUUUCUUCAUAAUUGCUCAUAUCAGGUUAUUUUGCACUCACUCCAGAAGAAGUUUUCAAUAUUUCUCCCUAACUUUUCUCCUUUUAUUGUAUUCCCUGUUUUCUUUUUAAUAGGACUAUGUGAAUUCCAGUUCUGGAUUAAGCUACUUAGGAAUCAACACUAUUCCUUAGAUUAUGUAUAAUAAAUUACAUGAAUACAAA